AUGCCGACUUCCAGUAUUGCGAUUGUUGGCGACCAGCCGUCCAAAGCGGAGGGAAUUUCUGAUGACUCUGUCACAGUGGAAAAGGUAGAGGCGGAGGACGAAGGCCAGCCCCAACAAGAAACCGAGCGGGAAUUGGAGUACCCGUCUGGCCCUAGAUUUUGGGUCAUCGUCUUCGCACUCUGUCUGGUUGGCUUUCUCAUCUCUUUGGACAGCACCGUCAUUGCCACCGCAGUACCUGAAAUCUCGAACGAGUUCGACUCGCUGUCGGACAUUGGGUGGUACAGUAGUGUGUACUUUCUCACAAUCCGAUACCCGAUCCGCUUGACCUAUGCGGCUGUCAUGGUAGUCUUCCUAGCCGGAUCAGCUCUCUGCGGCGCGGCACCCAACUCCCAGGCGCUGAUAGCCGGCCGAGCUAUCGCUGGUUUUGGAGCUGCUGGUCUCUACUCUGGCAAUAAUGCCUUGGUCCCGUUCCUGGCGCCUGCUCCGAAACGACCCUUCUUCUUUGGCUUGUUCCUAGGCGCCAUGGGCCUGGGACUGGGCAGCGGUCCAUUAAUAGGCGGCGUACUCACGGAAAACGCUACCUGGCGCUGGAAUGCAAGUUGGAUGGCCAACCUCUCCUUCUUGUUCUACUUGAACCUGCCAGUCGGUGCUUUCAUCUGUCUCGUGCUCUAUUUUUCUGUCCAAACUCCAGCACGUACGGGUCAAGCAGCCAUCCCCAUACCCUGGCAAAGGUUCGUCCAGAGUCUCGAUCUGCCCGGCUUGAUCAUCCUCACGCCUGCAAUGGUUUGUCUUCUUCUUGCCUUACAAUGGGGAGGGGUCACAUUCCCAUGGAGCAAUGGCCGUGUUAUCGCAUUGCUAGUUGUUUUUGGUAUAUUGAUGACCAUCUUCAUCGCGGCUGAAGUUUAUCAAGGCGGCAAUGCCAUGCUCCCGAACCGCAUUAUGCACCAGUUCCACGUCCUCAGUGCCGUCUGGUUUUGUAUUUGCAGCAAUGGAACAACCGCCGUUCUCAGCUAUUACCUUCCGAUUUGGUUCCAGGGGGUGAAAGGCGACUCGCCGAUCCAGUCGGGCAUCCAUACACUGCCACUGGUCAUUAUGACUGGUGCCGCCUCCGUUUUGGGAGGAGGGCUUAUGGCUGCGUUUGGCCGGGUCGGGCUAUGGACCGUGGUCGGGUCUGUGUCUGCAAUUGUUGGUGCUGGAUUAUUUACAUCACUCAGACCCAACACUAGCUUGGCCAAAUUGGCCGGUUACCAAGUUCUAUCCGCGGUUGGCUCUGCUGCCGGUAGACUCUGUCCCAGUGUCGCACUUCAGAAUAUCCUAAACGACAAGGACAUUUCUUAUGGCUUUACUCUUCUUACGUUUUUCGCGUCGAUGUCUGGCGCAAUCUCUGUAUCUAUUGGGCAGGCACUGUUUACCAACUCUCUGGCGAAGGAAUUGCGAGAACUCGGGAUACCAGAGCAAGAUAUUGAUGCUGCCCUUGGGGGAGGCGUUAAUACAGUUGCGGCUGGACUUCCAACUGAGUUUCAAGCAGCAAUGCUUACUGCGAUGAACGAAUCGGUUGUCAAUGUAUGGCGCCUCCCAUUGGUUUUGUCGUGCCUUGGAAUCAUCGGGGCCGUGUUCAUCCAGCACUGGAGCAUCCGUGCGAUACGUUUGCCUCGGUUAACUCGAAAUUAA